UCCAACAGCGAUCUUUUCUAAAAAUAUUUUGGAUUUAUAACACUUGAGCAACACUAAACGAUUUUCAUAUGUGUUUUCAUAUGUAAUACUUUUGAUGUUCUUAUAUUAUUUUGCAAAUGUGUAUAAUUUCAUAGGACGAUAGUGUGGAUGAAAAAUAAUUGUUUUACUCGGGCGUCGUCUAGCCACAAAAAUGGAUUUUAAAAUGCAUGAGUACACUCACGCUGUAGUCGGAAAAGUUACACCUUUACUUAUUACCGAUAAAGCGGACAGCAACGAUGCUAGACGCCAAUACGACUGCUACUUGCGCUUGCUAUCGGAAUUAAAUUUGGAGCUAACAGAACUGGCUACAAACCUCUUCUUCCCCGAUAACGUUAUUCUAGAAGACUUAGCUAUAGUCUGCCAUGGUAUCGUGCUUCUGCCUAAGCCUAGGUCGGACUCCGAGGGACAAUUGAUAAAGGCGAUUAAGCGGACAUUGAAGGAGUUGGGUCAGACUGUCAUCGAAGUGGACGACCCAGAGGCGAAGCUGGUAGGCUCCGAUGUGCUGUUCACAGGUCGUGAGUUCUUCGUGGGUAUAUCGGAGAGCAGCAACGAGGCAGGCGCGAGCGCUGUAGCAGAGGCUUUCCCGGAAUUCCCAUGUACCCCCAUCAAGCUAUCCAAAGGCGCGAAACACCUGAAACGGUACAUAACGGUGGCGGGUGAGGAUGUCCUAUGCGUUGGCGCGAGUAAGGAAGCCCAGGAGGUGCUCAAACGGAUGGAGCGCGAAGCCAACUUCUCCUAUCAGACCCUGACAGUUCCAGAGGAUGAGGCGGCCAACUGCCUUUAUGUUAAUGGGACUCUCAUACACCGAGCUAUAGAGGAGAUACCUGAGAGCUUUAAGGUGUUUUGCGAGAAAAUUGACUUCGCUCGUCGUUCUAUUUGUUUUUCUGAACUGGCCAAAGUAUCAACUGGACUUAGCGCUUGCUGCCUACUCGUGAGGAAACCUUAAUUAUAUUUUAGCACAAGUUUAAUUUUGGACUGGAUAUAUCUGUCCCUUUCUAUGCUUUGUCAGUUUUGCCCGUGUAUAAAGCACUAACUCAUUGCAGUUUUGGAUUUUCUGUGUAUCUUUUAUCAUGUUUCAGCAAUAAUUUUACUAUGUUACACUAUCUCUUUGGGACUAUCCAUGAAGUCGUAAUACACGAUUUUCACGAUGUUUAGACCCCUCUCCCCACCUUGUCACACAUAUUUGCGAGCCCCUAGCCCUUCUUUACUGACGUCACUUUGCAAUUUUACAUCUAAAAACCACAUAAAUAUUCAAAAUUUUGCUAUUCGCA